GACAGGCUUCCAACGCCCUUCCCUUUACUCCCGUCGCUACGCCAUUUAUGACCCUGAAACUCUCAAACACCUUAUACAUAACGUAACACCCCCGGAAGAAACUUCAUCCACCGCUCCAAACUAUUCACACACGCACGCAUACACACCGCACCGCACACACAGAGAGGCUCGCUCGCGCCGGUCGGCCAUGGAAGGAAUCGAGCACAGGACCUUGUCCGUCAACGGCAUCGCCAUGCACGUGGCGGAGAAGGGCCGCGGCCCGGCGGUCCUCCUCCUCCACGGCUUCCCGGAGCUCUGGUACACCUGGCGCCGCCAGAUCCACGCGCUGGCCUCCCUGGGGUACAGGGCCCUGGCCCCGGACCUCCGGGGCUACGGCAACACCGAGGCCCCCGCCCCGGCGGAGUGCUACACGUGCCACCACGUGGUCGGGGACGUGGUGGCGCUGAUGGACGAGCUCGGGGAGGAGGAGGUGCACGUGGUGGGGCACGACUGGGGGGCGCUCGUCGGUUGGUACCUCUGCAUGUUCAGGCCGGAGAGGGUGAGGUCGUACGUGUGCCUGACGGUGCCGUUCCGGCCGAGGAACCCGAGGAUGAAGCCCGUCGAGUCCAUGCGGGCUUUCUUUGGCGAUGACUACUACAUCUGCAGAUUCCAGAAACCUGGGGACAUUGAAUCCGAGAUCGAGCGCAUCGGUGUGAGGAACGUGCUCGUGAAGAUACUCACGGAGCGCAAGCCCGGUCCGCCCAUGUGGCCUAAAGGAGAGGAUUUCGGCUGCGGUCCCGGCAAGCCGAUUGCCUUACCUUCUUGGCUUUCGGAGGAAGACCUUGAUUAUUACACGAGCAAGUUCGAAAAGAGGGGUUUCACGGGAGGCCUCAACUACUACCGCGCCAUGGAUCUGAACUGGGAGCUAACGGCGCCGUGGACCGGCGUGCAAGUGAAGGUGCCGGUGAAGUUCAUAGUUGGGGACUUGGACAUGACGUACACGACUCCUGGAGUGAAGGAGUACGUGCACGGCGGUGGGUUCAAGAAGCACGUGCCGCUCCUGGAAGACGUCGUGGUGAUGGAAGGCGUCGGUCACUUCAUCAACCAAGAGCGAGCAGAGGAAAUCAAUUCCCACAUCCACGACUUCAUCAAGAAGUUCUGAUGGACGCUGUCUACACCUUUUCGUUUGUAUUUCCAAACCUUGCGACGAUUUUCGUUUUCCAUUUCGAACCAUAAUCAGGUUACCUCUCCGUCAUGUGUAAUAUGUAAGGUUCCGGUGUUCA